AAAAACAAAUAAAUAUGUAGAUUUCAGAAUUAUAGAGUUAACGGAAACGAUUGACUACCAUUUGUCAAUUGAGGAAAAUAAAAGAUAGGACCAGAAAAAUUAGCCUACACCAAGAUCGUGAAUGUUGCUUUAAAUCGCUUUUGAAAUGCCAGAACAGAGCGAUGACAAGUCUGAUGAAACUAUAAAUUUCGGCUCAAUUAAACCAAUUACUUUACCAGUUGAUAAAAAAUAUCAUAUGUUCAUAGUGUAUAAGGCUGACGAUCGAGACAGUGGAGUCACAGAUAGUCGAAUUGUUACAAGGUAAAGGGUACAAAUGCUGUCUCGACGAAGACGAUUUCCUAGCUGGAAAAAAUAUAAUGAGGAAUACUGGCCAAACUAUUAAACGUUCUAUAAAGGUUGUAUUCUUGUUGUCAGAAAACUCUUCUGCAUGUGAAUUGUGGAAAUAUGAGCUGGAUGUGACAGAAAUAUUUCAUAUUGAGAACAAAGGAUAUAAGCCAAUCAGCAUAAAGCUUGAUCAAUGCUACUUGCCAGAUACGUUGACAAAAUAUACAUACCUUUCAGCUGAUAAACCUACAGAAGAAUGGAUUGGUAGACUAGCAAAAGCAGUUAACGAUGAAACUGAUCACCUUAUAACCAGCAGAAGGAACAUUAAGUUCGUUCCAGUUCCAUGUAUCGGUUACAAUCGUGAUAAAGAACACAGAAUUGACACAUGUCGAUAUCCACACAUCUGUGCAAAGUAUAUAAUUAAUGAUGAUAAAUGUGAUGGAAGUUGUGGCAAAAAUCAUAACUUGAUUGACAAUCAGUCAAGAGAAAUCCUUGUUGACCUUGGAUUCAUUACUGAAGGCAAUUAUGAAUCCAUUCUGCAAACCUAUAGGCAGAAAUGUAAAGAAAAGCUAGCUGAUAUGGCGAACGCUGUGGUAACAGGUCCCUGUUGUUAUUAUAAUUACAAGGAAUGUUUGCUUGGGGAUUUUCACUGUCCAUUUACUCACAUAUGUAAAGACUGGUUUCUUGGUACAUGUGUAAAUCAGAACUGUACUCUUUCUCAUGGUAUUUUGAAUGAUCACACGAAACGUUUGCUAGAUAUCUUUGGCAUUGAUACUACACAAGAUGCGAACUUCAUUUUAAGCACAUACCGUACAAAAUAUCCUCACAAAAAGUUUAUACCGAUGUCAGCAUCUAUAUUUACAAGAAAGUUUUUAAAAGAAAAUUGGCUGUCUGUUUCUGCAUGCGUUCUUAUAUCAGCUGGAGUCGCUGUCGUUUUGGUAAAGAAAAUGUAGAUUUACUGUACUAACAAAAAACACUUUUGUUUAGUUUUUGAAAACUGUGACAAGUUCUUAUCGUGCUUUCAUGAACAAAUAUGUUUUUCAUUGUCCUACCAUAUAAGGGGUAGAAUAUAUACCAAAUUAAUGAGAUGCAGUAUACGGAAUUAUUUGUGUGGUUGAUAUUUCAAUUCUAACUGUAUUUGUAUCAUAAGGUGAACGGGUCUUUUUAAAAUAUAAUAUGCGUUUUCAUUGAGUCUACUUUUGGCAGGUUUGAUUCUGUAUAAGUAUGAAGCAGGUCUCAUAUCUGUAAUUAUAUAUAAAAAGAAGAAGAUUUGAUAUGAUUGCCAAUGAGACAACUCUCCAUUAGAGACCAAAAUGUUAACAACUAUAGGUCACCGUUCUGCCUUCAAUAAUGGGCAAAAUACAUACCCAUAUGCAUUGUUUUGGUUUUUUGUCUCGCCUUGACGGAUUCAAAAAGCGAGAAAUAUGUAUGCUGUUUCCGGCGUCGGUGGCGGCGGCGCCGGCGUCGUCAACAAUGUAUUAGUUUGUGAUUAGGUCUAGUUUAUGGUGAACCACUAGUGGUAGGUCAAUGAUAUUUGGUAUGCAGUUGUAUAAGCAUUGUCAAAUCUCAUUUCCAUGGAGAUUAUUUGGCCCGCCCUCUCAGUCAUGGUCUAUUGACUUUGAAACUUUUGCUUAGUUUACAUGUAUUAGUUUGUGAUUAGGUCAGUUUAUGGGGAACCACUAGUGGUAGGUAAAUGAUAUUUGGUAUGCUGUUGUAUAAGCAUUGGCAUAUCUCAUUUCCAUGGAGAUUAUUUGGCCCCGCCCUCUCAGUCAUAGUCUAUUGACUUUGAAACGUUUGCUUAGUGCACAUGUAUUAGUUGUGAUUAGGUCAGUUUAAGAUGAACCACUAAUGUUAAGUCAAUGAUAUUUGGUAUGCAAAUGUAUUGGCAUUUGCAAGUUUCAUUUCCAUGGAGAUUAUAUAACCCCACACCCUCAUUAUGGUUCAUUGACUUUGAAACUUUUACAUAGUGUACAAGUUAAUGUUUGUAGUUGUUUAAAGGGAAUAUUUGGUAUUUGGUAUUUGGUAUACAGUUGUAUUAGUAUUGGCACAUCUCAUUUCCAUGGAGAUUGUUUAGCCCUGUACCUUCAGUCAUGGUUCCUUGACUUUGAAUAUUUGCAUAACUUACAUAUAAAUAAAGUAUUGCUAUUUUAAUUUCAAUAUUUGCAUUAUCAAAAUAACAAAUAGGCGAGACAUAUCUCUGUGUUAACAGUUUUUUUUUAAUUUAAUUUUACAGUUUGAAUGCAGGUCUUCAUGUUUAUUUGAAUGAUUUAUUUUUAAACAAAUUGCUUUUGUGUUAGAAUAUUUUCACAUGCAUUAUCACCUCACAGUUCACUGAGGUAUAGAGAAAUGGUUAGCUGACAUUUUCCAUUUUUCUUCCGGGGCUUUUUCUAUUUCCCACUCGCUACCUCGAUUGGCGUUGCAGAAUCGAAUUAUUUGAAUUUAAUGAUCAAUCAAAUGAAAAUCGAUGACAAAUUUUGACUGCCGCUGGAAAUGAGGGUAUAUUGGAUAGGGAUAUACAUUUUGCUUUGCAGCAGACCACCUACAAACCCCUCAAAGAUUUGUUGCAAGAAUUCAUAACGUGUAGAAAUGGUGAACUCUCUUUACACGACACAUAGGAUUUAACUUCCUUAUUUUGACCGGACGUGGCUGCGUACUUGUACAUCCCGCACAUCCAAACGGACGUCCCAUUUAUUCAAGGGUUUUUACUGUCGGUCGGAAGAGACCAAAGUGACCAUAUUUCUACUCUACCGUCACCCUUCGGAUAUUUGGCAUAUACAUACAAUGAUAUACAUAUUAAAAAUCCGAAUAAUCACUUUAGAUAAGAAGAUAAAAACAUGCAAAGCUAAAACCUCUUUACGUUUAUAGUUUUAUUUCUAAUAAAAUAUUUGUAGAAAGAUUGAAAAAUAUAAUGACUUGUCAGAGAAAAAUAUACAUAAUGGGAAGACAAUGGUACACGUACGAAAAGAAUCUAUUGAAGGAGUGACAAAUGACCAUCAUUGCAAUAACUUUUUAGAAGAAAAAUUAAUAUCAUGGCCUGGUCAGAGGUGAAAAAUAAUAACCUUCCAUAAGACAGGAUGAAAAUGAAUAUUUUGCAACCAAAAAUGCAGAAAAUAUUUGUGUACAAAAGUGAAAAUAUUUGUUUGUGAAAAAAGACUCAUAGAUGAAAAAGAAUAGUAAAUCCUCAAACAAAUCAUUUGGUCUCUCCAGGAUAUCAAAUGGUCAUCGCCCUACUAUAUACAUUGUUUGUAAGCGUCUUUGUUAUUAAAACAUUGGUUCUCUUUAAUAGAAUAGAUAAAAAAAAUCAAAGUAUUAAAAGUAAAAUAACAAAAAUACCGAACUCCAAGGAAAAUUCAAAUCUGAAAGUCCCUUAUUAAAUGGCAAAAUCAAAAGCUCAAACACAUCAAACGAAUGGAAAACAACUGUCUUAUUCCUGACUUGGUACAGGCAUUUCCUUAUGUAGAAAAUGGUGGAUUAACUUUACAUUAAAUAAUAAAUAAUCAAUUUAUUGUUAUCUAUACUCAUAAAACGUUUGAAAUAAAACCAAAUGUAGUUUUCACUUUCUCUUAAUGUGUAUUUGUAUCACUUUUACAUUUUUGUUUAUA